UUUGCCCAUUCAUAUCGGCUGGAUGGCGGUAUGUGCUGUGUCGCCUGUGAUCGCUCACAAGUUGAGCGUAGAAGAAGACGCGCUACGGCGAGCCGGAGAAAAUACCUUCAUCGAGCAGUACUCCCACCCUUUAUUGUGUUAAAUUUUAUCGAGAUUUUAAGUGUUUUUGUAUAUUAGUUUUCCCGUGUGUGUGAGUCCAUAUUUAAAGCGGUUGAGUGGCUGGGUGCUUAAGAAGGGAUACUACGAAAACAUUAAUACUGUAGCCUGGCCGCUAACAGUAAACUUGAGAUGUAUUUAUUUUUAAUCGACGAACAAUCGAAAAUGACAAAUUCAGGUGUUCAAAGGCCAUCAUAAACAGCACAUUUUCAUCUGGGAAAACUUGUAGGCGGAUUUUCCUUCAAAAGAGACGACAGCAGUAUGACAGGUGAGUGACACCCAGCUGAUGUCAACAAGCCCACAUGAUGCCGUCCUAUUGGAUGUACCUGUCAUUCAGCAGCUGUACCACUGGGACUGUGGUUUAGCCUGCUCCAGGAUGGUACUCAAGUACCUUCACCCCAUUAGUGAUGCACAGUUUCAGAGAGCAUGCUGGGACCUGAAAAUGACGGAGAGCGUGUGGACUAUUGACCUGGCCUACCUCAUGUGCCAUCUAGGAAUCAAGCAUUGCUUUUGCACACAGACACUAGGAGUUGAUAAGGGCUUUAGGAAUCAGUCCUUUUAUAAGAAGCAUUUUGAUACCGAAGAAGAUCGUGUGAAUGAGCUUUUCCAUAAAGCUGAGAACAAAGGUGUGGUGGUGAAGAAAUGCUCUGUGACCAUUCACGAAAUCCAGUCUCAUCUAGAAGAGAAACACGUUGCCAUUGUGCUAGUCAACGCUGUCAUCUUGACGUGCGAACUUUGCUCUGCGCCCGUCAAAUACUGCUGCUUCCUCCCCGUGGGUCAGAAGUGUUUCUGCAGGAAACCGGAGUAUCAGGGGCAUUUUGUAGUGCUGUGCGGCUUCAACAGGACGACCGGCUGCAUCUUGUACAACAAUCCUGCGUAUUCCGACCAAUCUAGGGGUCUGCUGCACCACCAUCAGUAACUUUGAGGAGGCUCGGCGGAGCUACGGGACGGAUGAGGACAUCCUCUUCAUAUUUAAAGCGAGUUGAUAGACACUUUUGAAACAUUUGGAUUUGACUUCAUGUAAUGCACUCCUGUUGAUGAGAUAGUGAAGUAUUUCAGCGGGUCCACAUCCCCCCUUUACCCGACCUCCCUCACUGGUGCUAUUGAGUCGAGCCGCUCACGUGAAAAAGACUUCAACAUCGAUGUUCCUCUUUUACGACCAACACCACUCAGCCUAUUAAGGAAUUAACUCAAUAGGUCAUGCUAAAUUGUGUAGAAUUAUGCUUUUUUUUUACGGGGGGGUUGAUUAACUAUGAAUAUGCUAUUAGAAUUUUUGAAUGUUAGGCUUUUCAUGAACCUGAAAAGAGUCUUCAAGUACAGUAGAGGAAUUAUGAUACAUUCUGACCUAUAUAGGAGUUUUCAGGAAAUUGUGUACUACAUUAUUCAGGUCUUAUGACGUUUGUCCAUAAUUUUUGUUUCAAGUCAGUUCUUGUUUCCUCAAAUCUUCCUAACUCAACUUUGUCUCACAUUUUGUUCAUAAAUAUUGCAACAGGGAAAUUUAGUUGAGCUGUGAAAGUCUCAGGUAAUUACAAUCUGCCUUACAAAGAUGAUUUUUGUUUUGAUGAAUGCUGUCAGAGAGGUAUAAUGUUAAUAUUUGUUAAUUAUUGUAGUUGUUGUUUUCAGUGGAGUAAAACUGCACCGCAUUAUGAAGUCGUUUUUACAUUUUGCAAUAAUGUAAACCGCAUUCAUUUAUGAUUAGCACUGAAAGAAUUCUCUUAGAGGACUUGGAUUGGAUGACGUUAGAGAGAGUAUUGGUCCCCUUUUUAAAUUUUUAUAUUUUUGCAAAUUUUCCCCACUCUAAAAUCAUCAAACAUGUAAAUAGACAAAUAUAGCCCGUUGGAAAGUAAAAUGGUGUUUUUAAAUGAUUUCAUUUAUUAAAGAAAAAAAAAACUGUUCAAACGUAUCUGGCCCUGGGUGAAAAAGUAAAGGUCCCUGAAACCUAAAACCGGGUUGGGCAAUCUUCAGCGGCAACAACUGAAAUCAAGCAUUUUGGCAAGGUGACUUUUACAUCUAUGUGUAGUAUUUUGGCGCUUACUAGUAGGAUUGUUUGAAUUCAGCAACAAUGAAGACUUAUGGAGCAUGAACAACCUUUCGAAGGUCUAACCCUAACCCUAACCCUGGAAUCAAGUUUGAACUUUGACUCUGUCAUUCCAAAACCUUCCCUUUGUUUUUCAAGCCAGACAGUUGACUUGCUGGUGUGUUUUACAUCGUUAUCCUGGUAUAGCUCCCACGUGCGCUUCAGAUGGUGGUCAUAAGUUGAUGGCUGCGCAUUCUGAAGAAAUUUGUGUAUAAGAGCAGAAUUCAUGGUUCCAUCAAAUACAGGAAGUUGUCCAGGUCCUGAAGGAGUGCAGCAGCCCAGCGAUCACACUACUCCCACCAUUUUUAAAUGGUGGUAUGUUCUUUUUCUGAAAAGCUGUGCUACUUUGAUGCCAGAUGUAACAAGACACCUUCCAAAAAGUUCAUCCUUCAUCUCUUCAGUUCUUAUGAUAUUCUUCCAAAGUCUUGGGGAUCAAUCAGAUUUUUUUCUUUAAUUAAAAGUAAGACGAAUCUUUAUGUUCUUUUUGUUAAGUAGUGGUUUUCGGUUUGGAACUCUGUCAUGGAUGGCAUUUUUCCCAAGUCUCUUCCUUACUGUCAUGAACACUGACCUUAACUGCAGCAAUAGAGGUUUGUCCUGAGUUCCUUUUUGCUAUCCUGGAUGAGUCAUUGCUCUUCUAUUGGGGUCUUUAUAGGCCAGCCUCUCCUUGGAAGCAUCACCACUGUUCCAGGUUUUCUCUGUGUGAGGUUAAUAGCUCUUCUGGUGGUUUGCUGGAUUGCCAAAGCUUUAGAAAUGGCUUUUCUUUUAAAAAUUUACAGAUUGAUAGAUCCCAAUUACUUUAUUUCUCAAGUGCUCUAGAAUUUCUUUGAAUCAUGUUAUUUUGUUCUAUCUUUCUUAGAUAAGUCGGGACCGAUUCAGUUGUGAGUUAUUAAUAGGUCUGGAGGUAAUUAGGAUUGGUUGUGAUCAAUUCAAAUGAAGUGAAAAUGAUAUGAUUGGCCACAAUUCUUUUGUCAUUAAAAGUGGUGGGGGUGUUAUUUUUCUACACAGGGCCCGGUAGCACAAUAUUUUUUCCUUAAUGAAUGAAUGAAUUUACAAAAGUGCAUUUAGAAUUCACUUUGAUUAUAUUUGUCUAUUACAUGUAUCUUUUUCAUUAUCUUGCACAUUACACACAUUACGGUGCAAAAAUGCAAAAAAAAAAAAAAAAAAAAUUGAGAAGGGGGUGAAUACUUUAUCCACUCCUCUUAGAUGGAUUAGUCCUAUGUUGGAAUUUUUGGUGUGUCUCAUGGGGUGAGAUUUAUGAACUCUCAUAUAAGACGAGUCCUACCGAAGGGAAAUCAGACACCAUAAAAUAUUCCAAAGCUGAAGUUGCCUAAAGAAGAACGUACUUAAAGAUAGAGCUUUCCUGUAUUGGUCACAUUUUGGGUUAUGAGUGUUCAUUAUCGAUGAAAGUGAACAGUUUGCAAUGCCUCAUUUUUCUGGUUUCAAUUUAAUGUGCAACAACACAAUUAGAGUAUGAAUUAAAACAAUUCUUUUGAUCUUCAUGACAACACAGAGGUCUGUUUGGAUUUUUGUUUAAUGCUGUAAUUAAAGUGUUUGAACCUUAAACCUCAUUCCUAUAAUACUCAUCUGCAUUAUUACUGUAAAGCUCACGUUUGCAUUAGAAAUGUAAUUUUAUUUUUUCAAUUUGUCAACU